CUCUUCACCAACCUCGAUCCCCCUCCUAUGGAGGAUUCAUCAUCACCUACACUACCAACCAAAAGGGCCUUUCCUCCUUUGCAAAUGCACCGCUAUAGCAGCAACAUCAUGAUGGAGCUCAAAAACACACUCUUUUCGCCUACAUCCUUAAUCCGGAUCCCCACUUUCCGGACUAAGCGAUCCAUGGUGUUGCUCUAUUCUUUCGGGUUCAUCUUCGUUCUCUCCACCAUGGUUUUUGUGUUAAUCGGACACUCUCACACCAGUUAUUCAUCUGACUGGCUCAAGAACAUCCUCAAUAGGUCCGACCUGCCCUCGUAUUUCCCGCGGUAUCUGUUUCCGGACAAUUCCUCCAGAAUCUAUGAUGCUUCGACCCGUCACGCUGAAACAAAUGAUUCCGGUCGCGUUUCUGCUGGCGGGUCUGCGUUGGCGCCGUCUGGCAGCUAUUCGGUGUAUUUGAAUGCCACAUCAAGUUCAGGAAACGGGACGUUGGCUGGAAAUGUGGAAAAUAAUCCGACGGUGGUGCCCAGUCCGGGGAUUAAUUCUGUUUCUGUCAAGAAUGAGACGAGUGAUCAUGGGAUGACAGGUAAUGGAAACCAGAAUGCUGGGUCGAAGAAUACGACUUUGUCUAGAGGGGACAGGAAUAGAGGUGGUGGGAAACCAAUGGUGAAACGUAAGGGAAAAAACUGGCUGAAAAUGAUGAGCAAGUGCGACAUUUAUGAUGGAAAAUGGGUGAGGGAUGACAGGCCUCCUUUAUACGAACGUGGUUCGUGUCCUCACAUCGACGAACCCUUCAAUUGCUAUGUGAAUGGAAGGCCUGAUUAUGGCUAUGAGAACUACAGAUGGCAGCCACACCAUUGCAAACUACCAAGAUUGGAUGGAGGAAAAAUGCUGAAUUUUUUCAGAGGGAAACGGAUAGUUUACGUAGGCGAUUCUUUGAACAGGAACAUGUGGGAAUCGAUGGUUUGUCUGCUGAGGAAUGCUGUAAAGGAUAAGAACAGAGUUUUCGAGGUUUCUGGUAGAAAUGAUUUCAAGAAAGAAGGGGCAUACUCCUUUCUGUUCCUGGAUUAUAACUUUUCUGUGGAAUACAUUCGGUCUGCUUUUCUGGUUCAAGAAUGGGAAGUGCAGACAGCCAAUGGUUCCACGAAAGAAACACUCAGACUCGACCUCGUUGAGAAGUCAUACGAGACAUUCAAGGAUGCUGAUGUACUUAACUUCAACACAGGAAACUGGUGGACUCAUGAGAAAACAUCCGAAGGGAAAGGGUACUACCAAGAAGGCGAUCACAUUCAUGAACAACUCGACGUUGUUGAAGCGUUUGAUAAAGCAAUGACAACGUGGGCAAGAUGGCUGGAAGCCAACAUAAAUCCUAUGAAGACACAUGUUUUUUUUAGAGGAUAUUCCUUCUCCCAUUUCAGUAAAGGAGAGUGGAAUACUGGUGGAAGAUGUGAUAGCAAAGAGCCAAUCCAGGAUCCAAAAGAUCUGUUGAAUAUAAAUGAGCUGAGUCCUCCAAUACCUCAGAUGCUGGAUAAGACAAUGGAGAGGGUGAAAAUACCUGUUUUUUAUCAGAAUGUCACAAAAAUGACAAACUACCGACAAGAUGCACACCCUUCACUUUACAGGCAGCCAAACAUGACCGAUGAGGAGAUACGCCAAUUCACAACGCAGCAAGAUUGCAGCCAUUGGUGCCUGCCUGGUGUUCCGGAUACAUGGAACGAGCUCAUGUUUGCUCAGCUCUUGUUGAACCAUAAACAAAGACAAAAACGGCACAAACGCAGCACCAAAAGGGGGCAUCUGUGAGUUAAUUACACAUGUUGCCAACUAUUAAUUCUGUUGUACUUUUAAAUUCAAGAAAGAUACAGUGUCUCAAACAGAGGUGGAGAGUAAGUAUAUGGAGUCAUUGCCUGGAGGAGUAUACACAGGUUCUUAGAUGAAUAUGUAUAAUUAGCCUUCUUUUUAUUGCUAUUUGUCCUCUGGUGACUAUUUUUUCUUGUAAUCUUAUGAACUCAAAGAGUCAAGUUGUGAACUACCCUGCAGUGGGAUUUGUAAAAUUUAGACAAUGUACAAUGACUAAAUAUGAAGUUCCUGUGCAUAUAAUGCAUAGGAUUUUUUUGUUUUCUUUUUCCCA